GGCGAACCGACACGUUCGAGCCAUGCUGCGUCCGUUGAAAUUGGUUCUGUUGGCUUCGAGCGUCCUGCUCGGUUCCUCUCUGCGAUCGGUUGGUGCGACGAAAGAUCCACAGCAGGAUGAGCUGGAAAAGUUGGCAGAAAAUGGUCCAUUACUAGUGGACAACUAUAUACCAGUGGCGAUGCAGGUGCUGCAUCACUGUGUCGAAAUGAUCCAGUACGAGCCUCUACUGUCUGCGCCGAGCACAACGGAAAGCCAACCGACCGCUACAACCGCCUCACCCUCGACUACGAUGUCGACGACAGUAACAACGACAACAACAGUGUUGCCUAGCAGCAAACCGACUCAGAGUUUUGUAACAGCGGCUCCUUUAGGAGAUACACAAACGAUCCCGACUAGCUCUCACAAACCGGGCUACUAUGGACCCGAGAAACCACCACCGACACCAGUGACAACAACCACGAUACGGUCCACCACUAGUACAACGACGCAGCCAGCAACGAGCAUGGAGGAGAUUACUAGCAGUAGCAACGAUCUACCAACUACCGUAAAUUUGCUCUGGAGCGACAAACCGUUCGCAGAGUGGUUCCUGCAAGCCAAGCGAAAGAAGACACAGAAUAUCCCACUCAAGAAUGUCGAGUUUUUGGAUGUACUACCAUUGAAGCUGCUGCAGGAUAUUAAUGCAGAAACAUAUGAACCGCUUGCGCUACGCCCGUCAGAUAAUGCAAAUGAGUUCCGCCGCGUGUACGACGAUAGUUAUGGCCGUGAGGCCAUCAAUCUGUCGGAGAAGAGUAACAAAAAGGGCGGCAAAAAGAGGGUACCACCUACGAAACCAUACUUGCACAUGCUGGUGCUGUAUGAUCUGCUAAAGCGAGAGGCCAAAAAUAAUUUCUUCAACUACUACGAGGGUUAUUCAGAGGCGAUUAUGACGGAUAUUACGCAAAUGGAUUUCCCUACUGCCAAGGAUCAAUUGCAAUAUGUGCUGUCGCAGCUACUAGAGCGGAAGGAUAUUGAGAAAUCGGAUGUGGUAUCACGAACGAAGCUUAUGAUACGCGAUCUAGACACUAGCUCCAGUGCCAUAGCGAUGGCGUUGGUCGUCGUGCCUCCGUUGCGUUUUGGAUUGUGAUAUAGUGAUAACUUUUAACCUUACAACUAGCCCUUACUUACAAACAUUGUAUCGAAAAUAUGUGUAUUUACAAUAUUAAAUCUUAUUUAAAAAGCUGUGUCGGUGAACUCACUGUCAC